GCGGGAGUGAAGCCCAACCCCGACCCGGCCCCAUUGCCAUCGGUAAGCAACUUCGUGUAUAUUUGUGCUCUGCAACUAGGGGACUAGUUGCGUCUAAGCUCUAACAUGGCGAGGCGACUGUCUUCUCCGAUCAUUUCACCUCUCUUUUCCGUAUUCAUCUCCCGAGGGGAUACUCGAUUAUACCUUAUCGCGGCAAUCUACGUAGUGUCCGUCCUCCUCCAUCACCUCUCCCUCGCUUCCGCCUCUCAUCACCGCCACUUUGAGGGAUUUGAUGCUGACGAAUCUGAUGAGUUCUUCGAUCAGAACGACGCUUCCAUAUCCGAGAUUGAUCUUUCUCCUCCACCUACCACUACUCUCUCAGUCUCUGACCCCGUUGAAUCUCACGAUGGUCCUCCCAUACCACAGCCUGACAUUGUAGCUACCUCUCAGUCGUCCGACCAGAAACCCUCAUCGACAUCCUUUGAUUACUGGGAUGAGGAUGAGUUUGAAGGAAUUCCACAGAAUUUACACUCUGAAUCUCCGUCUGAAACUUCUCCUUCUUCUGAUUCAGAUCCGAAUUUGAAAGUCGUUACUGAAGCGGAGGCUCCCGUCAACAAAAGCCCCAAGUCCUUGUCGUCAUACACAGUGGAGGCUGUGUGUGUUUCUUUUCUGGUUGUAUUUGUUAUCAACUAUUUCACAGGAAAGAGAGAAAACGAGAACAUUGCACUUGCCUGGGCAACUAAAUUCGCGACAAAGGAUUCUAUAUUUGAGAAGAACUUCAGUUUACUAGGAGUUGGAGAAACAGAAGACUCCCCUUUGUUGCUGAAAGAAGGGCAGAACGUUUUCAAGUUCUACGCCAGUGGGCGGAGAUAUUGUCAGGGACUAUUGGCUACUAUGGAGCUUAAAAGCAGACAUGAUUUGAUCUCCAGGCUGUAUAACAUGGUGGUCCCUUGCAAAGAUGAGAUAACUUUGGAGGUGUAUAUGAAUGAUGAUGCCAUGGAUGCGGUGGUUUUUGCUGUGGCAAGGAAGAAAUUGGCCAAAACCAUGCAGAAAGAGGUAAGAGAUUUACAGAGAUUUGCUGGAGUUAUAACACCUCCUGGUGGGAGGAAGUGGCUCGUGGAGGAGCUGGCCGUGGUUUCUGAGUCUAAGGAGGUUGCUGGUGAUAUGAUUCCAGAGGUCGUUCUUGAGCAGGUAUUUGGCGAAAAGGCAUUUGAGAAAUUUGGAAAGGGAUUCAUCUCAAUGCACUUCUCAGAUCAACACAUAGGCUCACACAAAAAGAUGUUGGUUUUCAAGUUUGCGCUCUCCAAUGCUACUGACAUGUCUGACAUGACCCGCCUGAUCGCCCUUGUCCCUUAUUACAUUGACUUGAUAGGAAAAUACAAGCUCAGCUCACAUGCUCGUUCAAAAGCGGAUGCGGCACGUCUCAAGGUAGCGCAAGAGUUUUACAAGGAACUUCAAAAUGCAAGGCAAGAAGCUUUGCUGAGGAAGAAGGCUGAGCAGAAAAAGAAGUUGGAAGAGGGGGAAGCUAAGCUAAGUGCUGAGGCUCUUCGCAGGAAAGAGGCGAAAGACCGCGCCCGUCAAUUGAAGAAGGGCAUGCCUAAAAUGAAGAUGACCCGUGCUCAUUAGUUUGUAGUGGAUCCAUUUGGAGUUGAGUGUGUUCUACACGAGUGAUUUUAAGCCAAACUGUCUUCAAUGAUUUUGUACCUUCUUUAUUUGUUACAGGCAGUCUUAAGAGUGUUGAUUAGACUUGUUUUGUUAGUCUCCUCUUUCUGUUAGAAAUAAUUACGCACUAGGCUCGAUCUGUUAACAGCACCCCUUUCUUUUUUAGUUGUUCAGGAAAUUUGACAAAUAUAGAAGGAAAAAACGCAGACAUAUGCAGCUGGAUAAUGUGCUGUGCUGUGUGAGUGUGUUUGGAUAUAUCAGUUUGCUUUCAGUUUUAAUGUUCAG